AUGAUCGAAUCGAGCUAUCUCGCCAAGAAACGUCUUGUCCGCUACCCAAGUCCGAAACUCCUUGUUAUUCGGUCGGAGCUAUGUAGUGAUCGCUGUUCAAUAAACAUUUUGUUGGAGACCAUAUCAAAAGAUGGUCACGAAGACCACAGCAAAAUCUUUCUUUGUUCUUACAAAAAAUCAUCAUUAUAUCCAUAUAUCAACAAUAUUGGUCACAUAAUGGGUUACUGCGACGGUUUAGUCUGCAUUUACCAAUCUGAGAACAUUUAUAUAAUAAACCCUACGACGAGAAAACUCAGAAUACUUUAUCGUGAGUUUUUGCUAAAGUGUACAGGCCUACCAGGUAUGCUUGAAGCACCAGUUAUUGUGGGAUUUGGGAGAGACAUCGUUACAGGAUCAUACAAAAUAGUUUUGAUGUAUCUCUACGACCAUAUCAAUAACAAAACGCUUUUCAAGACUGAAGUCUUUAACCUCAACGAUGGCGAACAAAGAUGCAUCACUUUCCCUAUCUUUUACAAUGACCUUAGCGGCGAUAAAGUAUCCGUCUUUGCAAAUGGAUCGCUUUAUUGGCUGAAUAUUUACAACCAAAAGAUUGUGGCCUUGGAUCUCCACACUGAAAUAUUUUCGGAGGUGUUGCUGCCAAGUUGGUUCACCGCUGACUCAUUUGGUGUGUACUUAUGGAGUCUAAAAGAUCGUUUAUGUAUAUCUGAUGUGUUACAAUAUCCGGAUGUGGAUGUAUGGGGUUUGCAGCAAGAAGGUCCUAAUGUGAUGAGAUGGGAAAAGAUUAUUUCAGUUACUAUUUUAAUUAAUAUUUUAAGCACGAAUUGUUUAGACGCAAACUUUUGGAAGCUUGGUCUAGCUGCUUAUUAUUUUAGCUCUUCAGGAAGAUAUCCAGCUGAUAAUUCUUUAGAUCAAGUCCCUGAUGAUCACUGCAGCAGCAUUUGUAUCUUCUGUGCUUUCAAAUCUCUAUGCAUCGAUACGGUUGCAACAGCCACAUAA